CCUCACGGCGCCAUAUUAAUAUGCUCCCUCCUUCGCCUUGCCUGCUACUGAUGUUAGCACUAGCACUAGCACUAGCAGCUAGCUGCCAGUCUCCUGAGCACAUCCAGUGGACUGAAAGGGCAGCGGCGUGAUGGAAAUUGAUUCACUUCAAGAGGCGCUCAGAGACUUCGAGAAGAAAACAAAAAGGGAGCCAUGUCCUGUACUGGAGCAGUUUUUAUGUCAUAUUGCCAAGACUGGAGAAACCAUGGUCCAAUGGUCUCAGUUUAAGACCUACUUUCUUUUUAAAUUGGAAAAGGUAAUGGAUGAUUUCAGAGCAACGGCUCCUGAGCAAAGAGGCCCUGCCAAUUCCAAUGUGGAGUCAGUUUCCUAUGAAGAUAUGAAAGAGAGAAUCCUGAAGAUUGUCGAAGGAUAUAAUGGAAUUCCCUUCACUAUACAGCGCUUAUGUGAGUUACUUACAGAACCCAAGAAGAACUAUACAGGGACAGACAAAUUUCUUCGAGGUGUGGAAAAGAACGUAAUGGUGGUGAGCUGUGUUCAUCCAACGUCAGAGAAAAAUGGAUGCAGCGCUGUCAAGAGAAUGAAUGGAGUAAUGCUUCCGGGAAACUCUUCUUCCUUCACAGAGAGAAAAGUUAAUGGUCCAGGAACUCCACGACCACUCAAUCGACCAAAAUUAUCUCUAGCCAACACCCUUGCAGCUAAUGGACUACCUGACAGCACUGAAAAUGAAGACCUUAAAACAGACCAAGAAGGUGUUAAAGAUGUAUCCGGAAGUGAGGUUUCAGCCUCGGGAGAUAGCCUGGGGAGCUCGAUAAAGAACAAACACUCAGACACAGAAGAGGACAUGGAAUCGGAGCAGCAGGAGGUGAAGAGACUUAAGUUUGGCAAAGAUGAAGAGGAGGAGAAAGAUGAAGAGGAUGAAGAGGAGGAGGGAGAAGAGCAGGAAGUAGAAACGCCAAAGCCUUUAAAUGCCACUUGCCUCUCAAAAGAAGCAGAAGCCAUUGUUCAAGAGGAAGAAGAGAGAGUCAGUUUCAAGGAUGAGGCCUCUUGCAGUGCUACAGCUCUUGAAGACCAAGAGCCAACAAGCAGCACUCAGUCUGAAGCAUGUCCAGACUCAGGCCUAGAUGAAGAGCAGGCCGAAAAGGUGCUCUGCGGAUCGCAGCAUGAUGCCAGUGACAUGGAUCAGACAGCGCACCCGUCACCUGCUUGUGUUGCAAGCCCAGAGAACAGUGCAGACAGUGAAGAGGGUCAUUGUGACCCAGUCAGCAGCAGCAGCAGUAGUAGUAGUAGCAGUUGUAGCAUAGACGAGAGUAUAGAAGUGGGCCGAGAAGACGUCUCACCGACUCCAUCCAGUAGUAUGAAUGAGCCAACUACAGAGGCCCCGAUGGAAAGUUCCAGUGUGGAUAUGAGCACCACAGAUGAGCCUAUGGAACAGGACUAGACUGAAAGCCCCUACUCUGUCACAUGACACCACAAACCAGCUUGUUCUUAAAUCCAGCUUGACUGUCACUGGAAUGGGGAUAACUUCACCUCAUACACAAACACCUCAUCCACUUUUGGAUGCCCCUCCAAAAUGGCUACCUGGCACUGAUGUGAGCAAUCAUUUAGUCUGAACAUUUUACUUACUUUUUUUUUUCAGCCUUCUUUCACAGAUGGAAUUUUUGUGAGUUUCAGAAUUUUUGGUGGGCUGCAAAUGGUCAUUUUGUCUUUUUUUUUCUUUUUUUAAUGCCACUCAUUCCAUUGAAGAAAGGAUUGGUAUGCUGUGUCUCCUUGAAGCUCAUUGGGCACAUGCACCAGACUAUAGGCGUCAGUGAUUGCCAGCUGUGUUUUUCUUUCUGAAAUACACUUUGAACGUGCUGGAGUUGUUCAUUGACCUGAGCCCAUUCCCAUAACCACCAUUCUCCUGUUUGGCCAGCAGGCUGCAUUAAGCAAAGAUUUUUUUUUUAAUUUCACUUCGCCCCUUUCACAAAGAUGGAGCUCUCCAUGAUGUAUCCCAUGUUUGAAACCUCGUUUUUGCAUGAUACACUACCAAUCCAACAGGACUAUACUAUCACAUACUACAAUGUAGAGGUGUAUUACAGCAUAUUGUGGAUGCAUAAAGUCACCAUUAUUUAUAAGAUCAUUUCAGUUCUCUUGGUUUUUGGAGUUUUUGUCUCCCGGUUGUAGUUUCUAAAACCAGCUGUUAGUACAAAGAUGACGUCCGCUUUCUUCGUAUUGUGAUGUCACUUUUGUUUUACGGACUGAGUUCAGAUCAGUCUCUGGUUGCAGUUCUCCACCUAUUUCUGCAGCCAUACCUUUUGAUAUUUAGGAUUUUAAAUUUCUGUAAAUUAGAUUUUUGUAGAUUGUAAUACACUAUGUGUUCACUGCCUUUGUGAAACCAUAUAUAAUUGUAUAAUUUCUGUGUACUGUAUACGCUGAAUGCUUUUGGUUUCAAAUGGGGUAUUCAGAACCAGCAAUAAAUGUUAACGUUUU